AUGGACCUGAAAUCGAUGCUCAACGACUCUUCCUCCCAACGCCAACCACCGCGACUUCACACGCCACAAACCUCCUAUGACCAGGCAGCGGUACACACCCCCUCCUAUGAGUCGCAUUUCGAGCGGCCGCCAUCAUAUCAACCACCUCUACCUUCCUCCGAAUAUAGGUCUUCUGCCAAUGGCUCGUAUUUUGCCGUACAGUCACCAAACCAGCAGAACUCUGGCGCCGGGUCCGCUCCCGGCGUAACAGGUCAGUCGAUGUUUGCGCAGAGUCCAGGACCACAGGGACAGAUACACACUCUGCGCGAAGGCAUUCCACCUUCGCAUCCGUAUCAAUCGCCCUUUGCUCCUUCUCCGUCGCCUUCGGGUCCUCCACCACCGACGCCAGGUUCUACCCAACCCUACCCGACACCCUCGACAGCAAUAACGUAUUGUCAUCCUGGCGCACACCCUGCUUUCAGUACCCAGUCACCCAGAGAUGAGGCGAUACCUCCGAAUGGCAAUGCGCAGCCACAUUCCCGCACUUUGUCGCCCCAAGCUCAAUUCCACCCACCCCCGGCGACUCCUUUAGGUCCUCCAGCCUCGUAUCCUCGCCCAUCCCCGCACCCACAUAGGCCAAUAUCUCAGGGUCAAGAGAGCUAUAGGCGGUCGUCUGUGGGUUCCGUUGGUUCUACUCAGAGCAGGGAAUACAGCCAUCCGGCAUACACGCAGGCAGAUCAUUCUCGGAGCGGGAGCGUACAAAGAACCUAUUCGGGAGAAGUUCGUGAAAGAGAGCGGAGCAUAGAAAGUGUCAGUCCGAAGACAAUCCCCAAACCACCUCCUCAACGUCGGACGAGCAUCGGAAGGUACCAGGAGUUGCAGGCGGAAGUAUAUACUGCAGCCCAACCUUCAUUGGGGUCACAUGCAAACGCGCAGCCUCAGGGAACACCAGACAGAGUUGUUGACGUUCAGCAACACUUCGACACCACUCCCAAAUCUUCCACAACAUCGGUGGAACCCAAACCAGCCGCUCAAUACCAGACAUCCCGGCCGAGUCCCAGUACGGGAACGGUCAAUAACAUGACACCUCAAUCCACGCCCUCUUCUCUCCCGGCUCAGCCAAGUCCUCCGGCGACGGUACAACCGGCAUUAAAGCGAAGUGCGAGCAACAUGUCUGGUGGUGCGACAACGUCGUUACCUCCGAAGAGACCGAGACGCGAUGAAGUCCCAACAUUUGCGCAAAGUGCUCGAACAAAGCCCUUGAGGUUUAUCAAGGCACCGCCAGUUGUCGCACCGGCAACGAGCGAAACUCAGGUCAAAAGGGAUGACUCAGGCUCACAAUUUCCAAAUGGUCAGGCUCAAGCCCAAGGCGAACCUCGCUGGGAACCCUCGAUCACGAAUGUGGUGCCAUACGAGGAUCUUACGAGACGCGUUUGUGACUGGAUCUUCUCAGUGAUUGGUAUGGCUGCUCCGCCCGGGGGGGGAGCGAUGUUUGAAAUUGAAGCCAAAAUCGGUGCUAUAUUUGACGAACAAUCCGGCUAUCGAUUGAGUCUGCCGGUGGAAACUGAGACGAUCUUCAAUCGUGAGAAGUAUCGAGGAAGAACAAGUUUCAAGAGUUCUAUGGACAUGGCCCAACACAAAUUAUUGAAUACUUUUCUGAACGGUUUAGUUCAGGAGUCGAUGCGUGAAGCUCAGAUCUCAGAUCGUUCGGUUAUUGGCUAUGAUCAUCCGCACGAAUACGAUGAGUUCUACGAGCUGACUGAAGAGGGAAAGAGAAAUCUACCUCCAUCCAUCAUGACCUGGCUCAAUCCCCGCCAUAAACCUCGCAUACGAAGAACAAUUGAUGAAGGCACUGGGCAAGUCAAGGCACAGAUCAUCAAGUCGCGGAUGGCCGAUCUCGAGGUGUACAAUCCUGGAUCAGAUUUCGACUUCAGAAUAUCCAUUUCGAUCGAAAGUCCUUGGGACGGAGAGCCGCAUUGGCUUACAGAGAUGACAGAUGGGGGUCGUGAUAGGAAGAAGGAUCGUAUGAGCUACAGGCACAUGGCUUACCAGAUUGAUCUCACUCAGGUGAGCUACCCACAUGCGCUAGAGAAAGAGCAUGAAUUGGAGGUCGAGAUCAGCACGGAGCAGAUUCGGAUUGAACUUGCGAACCUCCAGGCUCAACGACCCAGUCGAUACGAAGACCUUGUCAAAGGCUUCCUUGAUAAUGUGAGGAUACUGUGUCGGAAAGGAACAGUCGGCAAGACAAGAUGA